AUGAAAGCUUCAAUUGCCUGCGCCAUCGCCAGUGCAGCUGCUGUUAAUGCCGCGCUCUCUGCGAUCACGGCGGUCGGUAACAAGUUCUUCGACAGCAAGGGAAACCAGUUCUUUAUGAAAGGCAUUGCAUACCAAUUGACCGAAGAUGACCCUCUCGUGGAUACUGAGCAGUGCUCACGAGAUGCCAAGCUCAUGAAGGAGCUUGGCGCCAAUUGCAUCCGUAUCUACCAUGUCGACGCCAAAGCCAAUCAUGACGGGUGCAUGAAGGCCUUCGAUGAUGCAGGCAUCUACACCCUGAUCGAUCUGGACACCUUUGACACCUACAUCCUUCCUAAUGACCCUUGGUGGAACCAGACGCAGCAUGACCGCUAUGCCGAGGUCCUGGAUGUCUUCGUCAAAUACAACAACACCCUGGGCUUCUUUGUCGGCAAUGAGAUCAUCGCGAUUAACAAUCAGUCCAACGCCGCCCCCUAUAUCAAGGCAGCUGCCCGCGACAUGAAGGCGCACCGAGACUCCAAGGGAUAUCGCAAGGUGCCCAUCGGCUAUUCAGCUGCCGAUAUCGCCGAGCUGCGGCCUAUGCUCCAGGACUAUCUCACCUGCGGUGGUAAUGCCUCCCAGAACAUUGACUUCUUCUCCCUAAACUCGUACGAAUGGUGCGACCCUUCGACCUACGAGACUUCGGGCUACACGAAUCUCCAGGCGAUGGCCAAGGAUUUCCCAGUCCCCAUCUUCUUCUCCGAGACGGGUUGUAACGUCCCCGGCCCUCGCCUGUUCGACGACCAGCAGGCCAUCUUCUCCAAGCCCAUGGUCAACGACUGGAGCGGCUCCAUAAUCUACGAGUGGAUUGAGGAGGCGAAUCACUAUGGACUGAUCUCGUACGGCCCUCCUGCCGACCCCACCGCGACCGGCAGCAACAUCAAGGGCGGCUUCACUCGCGCUGGCGAGCCCACCCCGGUCAGCCCGGACUUCACCAACCUCAAGUCUCAGUGGGCCAAGAUUACACCCUCGGGCGUGGCCAGCUCCAAUUACAACCCCUCGUCCGUCUCGACUCGCUCCUGCCCGUCCUCCACCGCCAGCGGCUGGCUUGUGAAUGGCAAUGUGGCUCUGCCGACCCUGGGCGAGACCUUCAAGGGUUCUUACACGCCCACUCCGACUGUGGACCCUGCUUCAGGGUCGACCUCUUCAGCCUCGCCGACCGAGACCAAGAAGCCUAACCUGGGCUCCAUCAACAAGGAGGUCACGGGCAUGGGCGCGGGCCUGGCAGCCGUCAUGCUCAUAUUCACCCUGUGGCUGUAA